AUGUUUCCAGUGAUCGAAGUGAACACUCUCAAGUGUCCAGAGGUUGAUCCUAUUCCUAUUCCACAUGAAUGGUAUCAACCAGGUGAUCUCCUGAUUGGAGGGAUAGCUUCACAGAAUCUCUAUGCCUUCAGUGAACAUAAAUUUGAUGAACAUCCAUCUCAGGACCUCUAUGGACUUUCAGAAGAAAAUGAGUUUAAAGAAAAAUAUUUGAACUUUGAAAUUCUGAUCACAAAAUUCUACCAGCAUGUUCUUUCUUUGGCCUUUGCUGUCAAGGAGAUCAAUGAGAACCUACACAUCUUGGCCAAUAUUACCCUUGGAUUCCAUAUCUACGACAGCUACAACAACCCAAAGAUGACCUAUCGGACCACCCUGGACUUACUUUUCAAAUCAGAUAGAUUUCUCCCCAAUUAUAAAUGUCAACUUCAGAAAAAUCUCCUGGCCAUUAUUGGAGGACUUGGAUCAGAUACUUCAUCCCAUAUGGCAGAAAUUGUAAAUUUGUACAAAAUUCCACAGCUUCAUCCAUUUCUUAAAGGUAUUUCUUUCAACAACUCAGCAGGAGAAACAGUGUCUUUUAGUGAGAAGAACGAAGUUGCAGGAAGAUUUGACAUCAUCAAUAUGAUUAUGUUUCCAAACCAGUCCAUCUGGAAGGUGAAAGUUGGAAGCCUAGAUCCUGCUGCAUCUUACCGAAAUAAAUUGAUCAUUAAUGGAAAAUUAAUUGAGUGGAACAAAGGCUUUAAUCAGGUUGUUCCAGUUUCUCUGUGCAAUGAAUACUGUCUGCCUGGAUAUUGGAAGAGAAAGUCUGAAGGGAAGAUCUUUUGCUGCUACAAUUGUGUUCCAUGUCAACAGGGGAAAAUUUCGAGCAAGUUAGAUACAGAAGAUUGUUCCAAGUGUCCUGAAGAUCAGUAUCCAAGCAAGGAACAAGAUCGAUGCCUUAACAAAACAAUGAGUUUCCUGUCCUUUGAAGAACCUUUAGGAAUCAGUCUGGCCUCAGCUGCUGUUUCCUUUUCCUACAUGACAAUCAGUGUGCUUGGAAUUUUCCUUAGGCAUAGAGAUACCCCCAUCGUCAAGUCCAACAACCGGGACCUCUCUUACACACUACUCAUUGCCCUUUUACUAUGCUUUUUAUCUUCCUUGUUAUUCCUUGGACAACCAAGGAAAGUAACCUGCCUUCUCCGUCAACCAGCAAUUGGCAUCAUCUUUUCAGCUGCUGUUUCUUGUGUGUUAGCUAAAACUAUUACAGUGGUUGUAGCUUUUAUGGCUACUAAGCCAGGUUCUUCAAUGAGAAAAUGGGUGGGGAAAAAAUUGGCCCUUGCCAUUGUCCUUUCUUGUUCUCUUCUUCAAGCAGGUCUUUGCAUUCUGUGGUUGGCAAAAUCUCCUCCAUUCCCUGAGUUAGACAUGCACUCCCUUAUAGAAACCAUGAUUUUGCAAUGCAAUGAAGGCUCCAUCUUCACAUUCUAUUGUGUCCUAGGCUAUCUGAGCAUCUUAGCUAUUGCCAGCUUCAUUGUGGCUUUCCUUGCCCGUAAUUUACCUGACAGCUUUAACGAAGCCAAGUUCAUCACUUUCAGCAUGUUGGUCUUCUGCAGUGUAUGGAUCUCCUUUGUUCCAACCUAUCUGAGCACCAAAGGAAAAGCCAUGGUGGCUGUGGAGAUCUUCUCCAUCUUGUCUUCCAGUGCUGGGUUAUUGGGAUGUAUCUUCUUCCCAAAAUGCUUCAUUAUUGUGUUGAGGCCAGAACUAAAUAGCAGACACCAACUAAUAAAACGAAAUAAUUAA